AUGGGAAAUAUUAAUUCACAUAACGAGCAUAAUAACAAAAGUUUGAUGUUAUUCAAUGAUGAUCGUCCUCAUAAAAUUCCCAACCCAUGUGAUAGUAACUAUACAAAAAAUGGUGUAGACACACAAGUUGUAACUUUAAAUGAUAUUGGCAAUGUUAAAGAACAUACCAUAAUAGAAAAUGCAGAAAACGAAUACAAUAAGUUACGUAAAAAAGUGACUGAAGAUUUAAUUAAAGAAAAUGAAAUAUACAUAAAUAGCCAAAAGGAAACAUUAUAUAAAUUUAAAAAUCCAAAUUUAAAAAUUACACAAACUAAUAAUCAAUGUUUUUAUGAUGAAAAUAAAAUAUAUAACUGCCUUAAAAAUAUGAAUCAAUCUACAUCCAAUUUUGUUAAUUUGUAUACCCGAUGUUGUAGAUAUUUGAGAAACUACGAAGGUUGUGUUCAAAAAAUAAAAAUUUAA